UCCGCUGACGAUCGAUUUUAUUUUGGUUAUGAUUUGUCAAAAUUAUUUAAAUUUUAAAAAAUCUUUAAAUGUUUUCAAAUUUUGAUGGCUCUCUAAAAUGUCUUGCGAAAUUCGAUUAACAGCCUCUAUUCAAAACAUAUCCGAAGUUAGAAGAUACUUGUUUCCUACCGAUGAUGAAAGGGGUACAGAUUAUUGGCUCCAAAAAUGUAACACAUCAGUAUCGCCUACAGGAGAUGUAAUAGUUAUAGCUAAUGAGCAUAGAUUAGUUCUCUUAACUUCAAAAUGGGAUACUCUGAAGUCUCUAAGUACUUUCCAAAUAAUAUUUUCAGAGUCAAUUCAUGAAUCUGAAAAAAUACGAACAGUGUUGUGUUUGCCAAUAGUUGGAUUGAGUCACAGUUCACGUGUUGGUCCAGAUUGGACAUGUAUUGCUGUAGGUUUUGACUCUGGUUUUGUACGUUUCUACACAGACAAUGGUCAUUUUUUGUUUGAAGAACAAUUUCAUAAUGAAGAUAUUAUAAGUAUCAAGUGCCAAAGUCAACACAGUCCUAGACCCGAUAUAUGUCCUGAGUUGUUUAUAGAAGAAAUCUAUGUUCAUUACCAAAGUAAUGUUUGUGUUAUUAAUGGUCAACAACUUUGUAAUAAUUUACGGGAAUGUAGAGCUCAGUUAGCAAAAGCUACAUCAAAUUCCAGACGUAAUCAGCUUUCUGGUUUAAACAUCAAAAAAUGGGGAUUUGAAGAUCAAUCGACUAUUAAUGAUGUAGCAGUCGUUGGUCUGAAUAUGUCAAAUACCUUUGACCAUUUAUUAACAGCAUCCACAUGUGGUGGAUUUGAUUCGAAGUAUAGAAAUGCCGCUCCUAACAGCACAUUAGUUCUAACUGCUGGCUCUAAACCAUAUUUAGGAUACCAUUAUGCAUUGGAAGGUGUUAAUCAGCCAGUUUUGAGUGAUGUGGCAAAGGUUGUCGCCAGCAAGUUGAAAUCAGCGUUACCCACGUGGUUGGCUGGACCAAAACCCAGCCAAGAAAAAGAGAUUACAGCUGCUACGCAACCUACUGAUGAUAUGGCCUUACGUUUUGGUCUUUGCGAUUUGAGAAGGACUGCUACAGAAAUAGUGGUAUCGCCAAAUAAAAAAUUGGCUGUGGUGUCGGAUACUUUAGGGAGAGUUAUAUUAAUUGAUUGUUUUAAGGGAAUAGCGAUUAAAAUAUUCAAGGGCUAUCGGGAAGCGCAGUGUGCCUUUUUACAGGUUCCAGAUGAGCGAAGAUCAAAGCACAGGAUUGGAAACAAAGUUGCAAAUUUUCUAAUUAUUUAUUCGCCUAAGAAAGGCACAUUAGAAAUAUUUACUUUGCAACAAGGCAUUAAAAUCGCCGUGUUUUCUGCAUCAAAAUAUAGCAAGCUGAUGUAUAUUAGUCACGGACUUUUAGGUUUCAGUAAUAACUCAAAAUCGAAUUAUAUAUGUCAGUUUAAUUGUGUUUUCAUGGAUAAUGAUGGACAAAUUAAGGAAAUUACCGUGCCAUUUCACUAUGCCCUGGCAGAGAAGAAUAGUGGAAAGGCCAGAGAUAUAUAUUUGUACAAAAAACUUCGACAAUUCAUAAAAUGCGGUGAACUCGACACUGAACAACUUAACAAUGAAAUUCAUAACAUUUGUACAGAAAUCAAAAGCAUAGAAAUUAAGGCACAGCUUGUUGAUUUACUGAUAUCGUCUAAAAAUCUGUCUUAUGGAAUUAUCUUAAACUGCGUAAAUUACUUUUUGGAUAAUCACGCUGAUUCUGAGAACGACAAUAAGUCUUUUAAAAUCAAUUGGACAAAUAUUAAGAAUUUACUGGAAUUAUAUUCUUUUGUAACAACUCACGAAGAGGCAUGUAAUGAUGAUGAAACGAAACAACCAAGGACCCCAGUUCUAGAUUCAAAGGAAUUGGAUAACCUUCAGAAGUUGCUUGACCUGGCCAUUUCAAGUAGUGAAAAUAAUUUCAAAAAAUCUCGUGUAACUUUUUCGAGUGAUAUCGGUUUCACCGUUUCUGAUUUUCUGAAUACUUUUGAUAUAAGCAAAGCUGACGGGAGUAUUUUAAAAUCAAAUCUUGAAGAAAACCAUGUAUUUAAUGCUUCUGAGGUAAUUUUUAUGAAAUUUAUAUCUGGUGAAAGAACCGACUUUGAGAACUUUAAGCAAGCUAUUUCUUCUAGUGGCAUUUCAGUUCAGAAUUUGUUCUACUUAGUUAUUUACUAUUGGGUUAAUAGGGAUUUAGAUAUUAAACAGAACUUAGAAAAAGAUAUGCAUAACUUCUCAGAAAUUAUCUCAGUAUUGCUUAAAACAGCCAGUAAGAGCAUUGUAGUGAAUCAUGAAGAUGAUACUGUAUCGGUAUUUUGGCAAGACAUUAGGCAAAACCUAGCCAACUCGGCUAGACCGUUCCCAGCUCUUAUGGCAGCCAUGCUAUGCAAAAACGUAUCACUGAAAUGGGAGUUGGAAAAUUCAGAAGAUAAUAUUGAGGUCCUUACGCAAGAAAAUAUUCUGUGGUCUUUAUUGAUAGGCAAAUUGGAAGAUGUCGCUACGUUAAAUAUUAUCUUUUCAACAAAACCGGUGGUGAUUGACUCAAACUAUCCAGUUUUAAAAUACGAUAGAGUCGAUAUCAGUCUUAAAUACAUCCUUGAAAAUGGAAGAGGCUCAGUUAGUGAACUUGCGGCACAAUGGUUAUGUUCUUCCGGAUGUAGUUCAGAAAUGAUUGUAAUUAACGAAGUUAUAUACAAAAAUUUACAGAAUGAAACAUCAAACGAAUCAAGUGUAACGGAUGUUUCCAAGGACAGUAAUGUGGAAAAUUUAGAAAUAUCGGAGGGAAUGCAUUUGGAACUGAUUGAAAAAGUCAAAUCAAAUGUCUUGUUUAAGUACCUCAAUCUUUUGAAACAACAAUUUCCAUACAGUUUGGAGGGAAGCACUUUACUAGCUAAUAUGUGCUGGGAGUAUGCGUUGGCGUGGCGUAAAUCUAUGACAUCAUUAGAUCAUUUGGAGGCAGCUAUUAAGUGCUUAAAUAAUAUUUUAAGUCUGCAUAUCAAGCGAGGUUUGUUCCUGCUCGUGUGGAAUACUCAUUUAAAAAUUGUUCUUGAAAGCAGUUGCAAAUUGAUUAAUAAAGUUGGAAGGUUGCCUAAAGAGAAGCUCUGUCAGCAAGACACUGGAUUAUCAGAUAAGCAAGUAGUUAAUUUUAUAAAUAUAUGUAAGAAUUUUCUAGAUAUAUUUCUAGAUGUAAGCCUAUUAAACUGUGAUUUGCCUAAACCUACAUUAAAGUUUGAAGCUAUUUGGGAAAAUGGUACACAUCAAACACUUACUGAAUUAGCAGUUCAACAAAAAGAAGUUGAUUAUAACUUGUUGCACUUACAUUAUCAGCUGUCGUUAGUCUUACAUAUGAUUUCCACAUUUUCAAUUAAAUUUUCGAAGCCAGUCAAUAACUUAUUUGAAGCGUCUAUUGGAAAUUUGUUCUUUACAGAUUUUCAAAGAACAAUUGAUACAAACUGGAAUAAGACAGAUAUUAAAAUUAACGCCUCAAGACUUCAGUUUUUGAGGAAAGUAAUAACUUUUAGCCUAGAAACAGUGACGUUGAAUGAAAACAACGAAAUAUACUGCGUGGAACAUGUAGAAUGGAUGCAAAAAUGCUUAAGCCUGGCCAGAAUAUGGAAUUUAGACAUUGAUACUCUUAAAAGAUUUCAAAUUAUUCAGCUGUAUAUUAGCGGAUUCGAUAUAAUUGCACAAGAACUCAUUCCAGCCGUCAACGAAGUGAACGAUUUGGGCGAAGAAUUGCUAAAAAUUGCUGGAAGGAGAAUGUCUCAGUUUUUAAGCUCGUCGCCGCAUUUGAGCGAAAAUAUUGCCGCUUUAAGUCCAGUACUGUCAAGAUUUAUUAAAACAUUGAAUGGUGAUUGGUGCUCUCCUAGUAAUUUAGAAAAUAUUAAAAAUUUGACAACCGAAACGUUGCAAUGUUUAAACAGUAGCAAUAAAGAAUAUUACAAAUUAGCUGAAUUACUCUUAGAUGCUUGUAAUACUUUGAUAGAAAUUAAUUCAUAAUCAUAUUUGUUAUAUGUAAUUGAGGUAAGGCUCAUAUGAUUUUUACAGACGACAUACAAAAAAGUAGCAGAAAUACAAUAUAAUUUUUUUUAUUAAGAGAUUAUUUUACUAGUUAUUUAUAAUACAUAAUAAUAAAUAUGUUUGUAUAAAUAUGUCCUGAUUUUAAAGGUGAUUUUAAAAAUUUAUAAAAUGUAAAACGUUUCUGUACAGUUAUUUUUUAUAAAUAUUAAUGUAGUAGAGUUGGAGUUAAAAAUACUAUGUAUUGCUGAUACUAUAAAUAAGAUUUUUCAUCAGUAUAGUGCAUAAAUUUAUCAUUCAUUUUCCAUCAAAGGUAUAUAAUGUAAAUAUUGUUUUAUUCGAUUUUGAAAAGAGAAUAGAAAUAACUUAUUAAUUAGUCUUAAUUUGUUUAUAUAAUGAGAUAUUUUAAUAUUCUAAAAUUUUGAGCAGUGUUAUUUUAUAGAAGAUUUUUUAACAAUAAAUUUUUUAGAUUAGAAAA